AGGAUUUACGCAAAUGGGAAUCUCGCUCUCUCUCUAAAACAAAUGCUCAACAAUGUGAUUAAAAAGUCACCCUCCCUCUAAACACAAAAAUACACACACACUCACUCUCUCUCUCUCUCAUUGUCUCUAAAAUUGAAUUCAAUGGAUCAAAUAGAGCACAAGUACAUCGACGUGAAUGGAAUGAAGCUCCACGUUGCCGAGAUCGGAACUGGCCCAUCGGUGGUGGUGUUCCUGCACGGCUUCCCGGAGAUAUGGUACACUUGGCGGCACCAGAUGAUUGCCGUAGCCAAUGCCGGCUUCAGAGCUCUCGCACCCGAUUACAGAGGGUACGGACUAUCCGAUCCACCGCCCGAACCAGAGAAGGCCUCCUUCUCUGACCUAAUUACCGAUCUACUUGCCAUUGUUGAUGCUCUCAGCAUUCCCAAGGUUUUUCUUAUUGGUAAAGAUUUUGGAGCCUAUCCAGCUUAUCAAUUUGCCAUACUCCACCCAAAGAGGGUAUCGGGAGUUGUAACAUUGGGUGUGCCAUGCAUGCCCCCAAGUCCGCCUACAUUCCAUAACUACCUUCCUGAAGGCUUCUACAUGUCGAGAUGGAAGGAACCUGGACGAGCUGAAGCAGAUUUUGGUCGCCUUGACGCUAAAACAGUUGUGCGGAACAUUUACAUCCUCUUCUCCAAAAGUGAAAUACCAAUAGCAGGGGAAAACCAGGAGAUCAUGGAUUUGGUGGAACCAUCAACUCCUCUACCCCCUUGGUUCACUGAAGAAGAUCUUGCAGUGUAUGGAGCUUUGUAUGAGAAAUCUGGAUUCCAAACUGCAUUGCAAGUUCCAUAUAGGUCAUUAAAUAACAGAUUUGAAGUAGCAGAUCCGAAAGUUGAAGCCCCAGCCUUGCUGAUCAUGGGUGAGAAAGAUUAUGUCUUCAAAUUUCCGGGAAUGGAAGAGUACACAAGGAGUGGACAGGUGAAAGUUUAUGUUCCGAAAUUGGAGAUAACAUACUUGCCUGAAGGAACACAUUUUGUUCACGAGCAAUUCCCUGACCAAGUGAAUCACCUCAUCCUCACCUUCCUCGGUAACCAUAGCUGAUCACGAACCUUUAAGAAAGAUUUUUCAUUGUUGAAGAUUGCUGAAAGGUUGGUUGGGAUUGUGAGAAACUUGGAAGGCAUAAAAACUUAUAUUUACCUUAUGCGAAUAAAUAACUGUAGUGUGCCACUAUCGAGCAAAGACCUAUUUUGCAUUUUCUCUCUCGCUUGUAAUUGUGUUUCAAGUGUGUUUUUGCAGCCAAAUUCAAGAGAGAAAUGCCUGUAAUAAUGAAUGCCGGUUUCUAUGCAUUUUGCUGGGUGAUUAUGGGAUUGAAAAUUCACUUUCAUUUUAUGCGAUGUUUUGUUUCAAUA